UAUACUUAUUCUUCCUCCUCUUUUCGCUCCACUUUGCUUACUUUAACACAUCAAAACAAACACACACAUGCACACACACACAAAAGCCUCUUCUUGGUUUGAAUCUGAUACCUUAAUACACCAACAACAAUGAAGUCUCUAAAUCUGUUUAUCACUCUCUUUUUGUUCUCAUUCUCAUAUUUCUUCUUAGGUGCUGAAUCGGAUCAUCUUCAACAUAGUAACUCAAAGAGCUUGAGACCGAACAGGCUGUUCGUGUUCGGAGAUUCCUAUGCAGAUACAGGAAACAUAAGGAAGUCUCUUUCCGAUUCUUGGAAAAUUCCUUACGGCAUCACUUUCCCACAAAAACCUUCCGGUCGUUUCUCCGAUGGCCGUGUCGCCACCGAUUUUCUAGCAAGAUACUUGGGGAUAAAGUCACCGAUCCCAUACACGUGGAAGGAUUACGCGGGAAAGGAACGGCUAUUGUGCGGGAUGAAUUAUGCGUACGGAGGAACAGGAGUGUUUAAGACUAAAGAUAAUCCAUUGCCAAACAUGACAACUCAGAUUGAUUAUUUCGAACGCAUCCUUACCGCCCGCAAUAUCUACUCUCCCUCCCAUCUCCCCUCCUCCCUCGCUCUCGUCAGCGUCGCCGGCAACGACUAUGCCACUUUCAUGGCCCUAAAACGCCCACUGACCGAGUUACCGGCAUUCAUGCAGCAAGUCGUUGGUCAAAUUGAGGCAAACGCGAGACGCAUCCACAAGUUAGGAGUGAAGAAGAUAGCGAUUACUUCAAUGCAGCCACUCGGAUGCCUCCCUAGCAUCACCGUCUUUACUUCAUUCCAACGUUGCAACGCGACAGAUAACAUAUCAACGAAUCUUCACAACUAUUUAUUGCAUAAAGCCGUCGCCAGGCUUAACAAUGAGACCAAGCCCUCCACUUUCGUCGUCCUUGAUCACUACAACGCCUUCUUGACCGUUUUCAAGAACAAAGGACCGGAACCGGGUGUUACGAGGUUUGGGAACCCGUUGGAACCGUGUUGUGUUGGGAUCGACAGCAAUCACGACUGCUCAAACGUGGACGAGAAGGGUGAGAAGAAGUACACAGUUUGUGAAGAUCCAAAGGGUGCCUUCUUUUGGGACAUCUUUCAUCCAACCGAAGAAGGAUGGAGAUCUGUUUACUCGGUUUUACAUAAAAGUCUCACAGAAGUUUGGAUUUAAGACGAAGAUAGUUUUCAAGUCAAGCGCUCGCUGGUUAUAUGGUGCAUAUUAUAAGGAUCGUUGAAGUCAUGGAUAAAAGCAACUGGUUAUAAGAAUAUAAGAGCAUCUUUAUCGGGACUUCUUAGUCCCAAAUUCUUAGGUUUAACCUAUUUAAAAUUAAAUCAAAAUUGUGAAUUUUGGUAAGAAUUGCCUCUUAACUAAGAGGUUAAAAAGAACAUAAGAGACGACGACGUGUUCGUUAAUUGUUGGGUGUUCCUUUAAUAAAAGAUUUUUUUUUUUUUUUGUUGAUUAUGUUUUCUCUUCCUCCUCUCUGUUUCUUGACGGAGAGAGUGCAAAAUCAAGAGUUUUCUCUCACAAAUUGAUUGCAAGCAGAGAAGAAUAAUUCAAUUUUGGGUGGCCUCCGGCUGCUCAACCUCGUUAACUCAUCAUCUCCAUCGACGGCAGAUCUCAACGGCGACUCUGGUGCAUGAUUCUAUUGCUGUAAAAGAUUCCUCUCUUUCUCUGCCUUUUUUUAUCAUCUCUCUCCCUUCGUUCUUAUCAGAUUGCAGGUUAUGCUUGUUUGAAGACGUAUCAUGUUCAUGAUCUAAUUGAAUUGAACACAAACCCGUCAGCUCACACAGAGACAUCUUCAUAGAGAGAGACAUCGUCUAAGCAGGCAUGCAGUUUCUUUUCACCCUUUGGAUUUAAGUUUUGAUCUCUUAUCUUAAAUACUAUCAUCAGCACCACAAUCCAUAAGUGAAGACCGAGAGAAUGGUUCACUUUCUUCCCAUUACCACUACGGAUGAUGAUUCCUUUUGAGGGUUUUCAAUUUGGCUCUUACAAAUUUAACUAACGAUGCCUUCUUCUUCUCGAUUCUCUAUGUGCAUACCAAUGGUUUGAAGUAUGAAUUAUGUAAUUCGGACUUUGGGGAUUUAUUAGGGUUUAUAUAUAUUUUCUGGUUUUUCUCA